GAGAGAUCCUGAGGAAACAGCAAACAGAAACUGUCAACCCAUUUCUGGGCAGGCAUGAACAAAUCUCCCCUGAAUAACAGUAGAAAUCCUCUCUUUUCCCCGAGUUUCCCUUUUUAUGACCAGGUAUAUAUUGCAGUGGGACUCUUGAGGGAUCAGACUAUUUCUCCAGGGAGAAGAGUGAAGCAGCAGCUCAGCUGCCUGUUCUGAGACUGCUUCAAGGUGAGCCAGAGCCUUCACUUGAAACCCUCCCCACGAUGCUGUUGCUGCUGCUGCUGCAGGUCUUGGCGAGCUGCCUCUGGCUGGGAUGCAGUGAGGUGGUGACAUCCUUUGAAAGUUCAUGCCCUCAGUUUUUCUUCCGGGCAACUCCCCCAAAUGAAGCCCUGGAGCCGGAGAGCCCAGCCUGGAUCUGCCAGCUUUACAAGAACCAGUAUUACUAUGCCACCCUGUACGACAGGAACAGGCGUAUUCCCGUAUACUCUGCUUACCUCUACCAGCCUGGACCGGGCAAGAGACCUAAAACGUGGCUGGUUGAGCCCCAGCUGAUGGGUCCAACUCAUCCCAAAACUAUGGAAAGAGAGUGGACCCUCUUAAAUUAUUUCAGCGUCACCUUAGAGCAACUCAGCAAGAGUCAAGCUAUCCUCCAAGACUACAAGAACCUGACAGGUUUGAACCGUGGCCAUUUGAACCCCAGUGGCCAUCACUCCGACUCCGGCAGCAGGACGGCUACCUUCACCCUCACCAACAUAGUGCCCCAGAAUGAGAAACUCAACGGUGGUGCUUGGAAGAACUAUGAGCAGCAAAUGAUGAUCAGGAGGACCCAGGGCUGUAACACCACCUAUGUCAUUGUGGGUGCCGUGCCUGGGAACAACUAUAUCGCCAAGGGGAGGGUGAAUAAACCCAGCCACAUCUGGUCGAGUGCCUGCUGCGAGGUGGACACCAACCACAGAAAGGCUUGGGCGGUCAUUGCCGAGAAUGACAAGAAUGAGGUCCAGCUCCUCACGCUGGGGGAGCUGGAGGACAGGUUGACCCAGCUCUAUGGGAGGGACCAGGUUUCUCUGUUUGACAGUGACUGUCCCCGGGAAUAAGCCCUGCUUCACAUCCCGGGUGUAAAAGGCUCGGGAGCUUUUGACACGUCCUGUGCAGCAUCCUGUGGAUAACUGGCUAGCUGAAAAGGGUCACACAGACAUAGUCCAGCUGGCUGGACAAAAAUGCACAUCGCUCUCAGCUUAUCUGAAGUAAAGCAAAAGUUACACAAUAACAGGAAGAUCGCGGUGGGAAAGAAUGUUACAGGUGGAAACAGAUAACUACAGAAGAGAAACUAGGGGCGGACUUGGUAUUUAGGCAACUAACCAAUAAUGAGCUUAACUUUUGUAAUAUGUAUGAGCUAAUUAUAACAAGGCAUAAAAGGUGACUGUAAGGCACAAUAAACGAAGUCUGCUGGUCACUCA